CAUAAAAAUUAAAAAACAAAUCUGUCAUCUUCCAACAUUGCCGUGUGGUGGUGUGUGUGCUUCUUUCACAAAAAUCUUUAAAAACACUUUUAUUUUCCAUUAAUAUUUUGCUACCCAUCUUCAACAACAUCAACAAUGUCAGGCCGUGAGGGUGGCAAGAAGAAACCGCUGAAGGCGCCAAAGAAGGAGUCCAGAGAGUUGGACGAUGAUGAUGUGGCUCUCAAACAGAAGCUCAAAGAACAACAGAAAGCCCUGCAGGAAGCAAAAGCUAAGGCUUCGCAAAAAGGACCUUUGACCGGCGGUGGCAUAAAGAAAUCAGGGAAAAAGUGACAGAGUCAAUUCCAUUUCAUUUUUAUCUAUAGGCAAUAAAUUCUAAUGUAAGACUAAAGAUCUUUGUUAAUUUCCAUUUGGCUCUAUAGAGAUAGCCAUGAUGCAGACAUUACAUUUAAAAAAUAAAAUAAUCAGAGGUACUUUUUGAGGUGUACAUUUAUAAAUUAAAAAUAACAACUACACUGCCAACUGGUGUCUAUUAAAAUCUCAAAAUGUAAUAAAAGCAUAGCCCCAUGUGUUUGUUUAAUAAAAUAAAGCUGUGAAUAUAACUUAAAAAAUC